UAUCAAACGUAAACACAAUGCUCAUGUAGUGGGUGCAAGAAAAGACUGUUUCAGUAAGUCUGGAAAAUGUGGGGGGUCUGUGUUUUCAUGGUGGCUGUGAUAUUGUUAGUCCAUCCUGAUCAUCUCCAAUCGUUUAAACAUGGUGUUGACAUUUUGACGGAAAAUGAGGAAGCAGCUGUACAGCGUAUUUUAGAAGUAAGAAAGAUCCUCUUGCCGAUGCCUGAUGACCAGUUUGAUAUAGUUGUUAACAAGACAGCCAAGCAGUAUUUCCCAGUCCAGGCGGAGUCUGAAAUGUGUCGAGACCAUAGCAAUUACUUGUUAGAAAGUUUCCUCAGAGGUGAUAUGUGGGCAUUAAAAAUGUUUGACGCAAGCAGCAAGUUAGUAUCAGGAGUGUUGGAUGGUCACUUCUAUGAUUUUGGAAAUUACAAAGAGUGUAUAAGGAUAGUGGAGCCUGGUGAAAUGUUCAGGGGUAAACAUUGUGUUGUGGAUACAACCGGUUUCUUGCCACCAGAAAUAGAAGAACAACUCAGAUCACCCGGUGAUCCAUAUUUUAAGAAGGAUAUAGUUUUCUCCAUUUGCGUUCCAUCAAGUUGCUCCGAAGAAGACAUUACUCUCCAUGUAAACCGCAGCCUAGCAGAGAUAAAUGUUACAGUAUACAGGCCAGAAUGGAAAGGUUUUGUUGACCACAGCCACCUCACUUGCACUACAGGAGACCCUAUAUCUUUCAGGAUCAAGGACUACAUUGCUAUGUCAAUUCUUUUAGUUAUUGUUCUGGUUGUUAUGGCUGGCACAAUCUAUGAAAGACGUUACGGACCAAAAUCAGUACUCUCUGUGUUUUCACUGUCAAGUAACUUCAAAGGUCUGAUGGACACACGGACACCUUCUGCUGAGAUAUCAUGUUUGAAUGGACUUCGUGUGAUUUUCAUUAUCGCUGUGUUAAUGUUUAGUCGUAUGCGUUCUCAUAUACUAAUGCCCUCAACCAGUCUUAAGUCUGUUAUCACGGCAUUGGACUCAAAUACUAUUGCUUUAUUUGAAGUAAUACCAAAAGCUAUUGAUGGAUUCUUUUUGAUUGGUGGUACAGUGUUGAGCUACGGCUUCUUUUGCAAGAGACAGAAAGGAGUUCCUUUCAAUGUGAUAAGUUUCUACAUAAACAGAUAUGUGAGGCUGACUGCAGUGCUGGCUUUGCUCAUGUUGUUCAGCUGUACUUUGGCUGUCUAUUUGACACAAGGACCGAUCUGGACAAGAAUGGUAGGAUCCUUCGAGAAACCUUGCCAACAUUACUGGUGGACUGGCCUGCUUCACAUCAGCAACUAUGUCAAUCCUGAUGCGGUGUGUGUCAGCCAAAGCUGGUACCUAGCCUCUGACUUCCAACUGAAUAUAAUCGCUCCAUUGUUCUUGAUCCCACUCCAUAGACGACCGAAAAUUGGAUUAAUACUGUUGGGUGUUGGUAUUGCUGCAUCUGUCGUGGGUGCCACUGUUAAUGCUUACAUGAGAGAACUCGGCAGUGGCUUCAUGCUCAGUGAGUUUUCAGCCAGUCGUACCUCUGAUCUGUCAUAUCCUAUGGACCACAAGGGAAUUCAUUACAGACUCUCCACAUUUUUAAUGGGAAUCUGUCUAGGUUACUUGGUGUUCACCGUUAAGCAAAAUAAAACCACUCAAAAUGUUUCCAAGCGUCUAUGGCAAGUUGGCUGGGUUUUUUGUAUUAGUAUAUUGGCAGCCUUGGUGGCAAUGACUGUCAUAUUGGUAGAUCCAGACCACCAGUACAGCUCCUGGCUGGAUCCAUUGUUUGUGGGACUCUCCCGUCCAUUAUUUUGUCUCAGUCUAUCCUGGAUCAUAUUGGCUUGCACGCUUGGAUAUGGAGGGUCCGUUAAUCGGUUCCUGUCAUGGGCAGGAUUUCGACCUCUAGCCAGGCUUACUUAUAGUGUGUACAUGAUCCACUACUUCAGUUUUGCCUACCAGUUAUAUGGAAUGCAAGUACCACUCUCUUUCAGCUUCAUUGAUUAUACAUAUCUACUUGGAGGUGACUUGAUCACUAGUUGCACUUUAGCUAAAGUUCUCUAUUUGGCAGUGGAGAAACCUUGCUGUAGAUUGGCGACUCACCUCCUGAGAGGUAAACAGAAACGAGAUAGUCUUGAAGAAACACACCAGAUGUCAGAUUUUAAAACUACUACUCCAAAAGCUUCUGGACAACAAUGAAAACAUAAAUCCAUCAAAUAAACAGAUUUUAUCCUGCA